AUGCAGCUCCCAACCAACUUCCUCACCUUCUUCCUCACCUCCUCUACCUUCCUCACCCUCAUCACCGCCGCCCCCACCGCCUCUCCCGUAGUCGUUGCCUCCUCCGUCGACGUCGCCGACGACAACUCAGGCCCCACCGACGACGGCGACGGCAUCAUCUACCACACCUCCUCCGACGAAAACGACCCCGACGACCCCGCCAUUGCCUUCUUCUCCUCCCUCCCGCCCCUCCCAGCAGCCGACAAACGCACCCCCAACCCUUCCUCGCCCAUUACCACCGGCCUCGCCUCAUCCAAGAUCAAGCGCGAAAACAAAGACUUCUGCAAAGGUGGGGGCUACUUCAACGCCACGUCCGAGGGUUCUCCCUGGGUGGACGACUGCAAGAUUAUCAUCCAGAACAUUUCCCCAAAGGGGGGAACAUGGAGAUACAUGACGGGCUCGCAGCGGACUUUGGUGUCGCACAAGAGCUGUGCUUUGGGGAUUGAGAGCACGGAUGGCGUGCCGCCCGCGCUGCAGACGUAUAUUGGCGAUCUGGACAUCUCGGAGUGGAUCCAGAAGAGCAUCGAUAAGUAUGCGAGCAAGAAGGAGCAGGGGAAGGUGGGCAGUUAUGGGGAUACGCAGUGCCCGAGCACCCACUUUAAGGGGGACGAGUACGGCAUGCGGUGGGGGCUGUAUAGGGCUAAGGGGUAUAAGGAUGAGAAUUAG